AUGGCAAGAAAGACAUCCAAAAAACCACGGAGCUCUUCUGCAAACACGCGCGCGAGUCCCCAGCCCACUUAUGUUGCUUCUCCUCAGCCGGCGGAGGCGAGUGGAGGUUUUGGGUCGUUGGAUGACGACGACGAGGAAAUGGUUAACCCCACCACUCCAAGUGCAAUGGAUGGUGAGAACUGCGAAAAUGGGCACGUCUCGUGCGGGCCAUGUUGCGUCAAGAUGCACAACAACUGCGGAAGCUGCAGCUGUCCCAUUGGAUCCUCUCGAUGUCGGGCCAUCGAGAGGGUCCUCGACUCGGUGCGAGUCACAUGCCCCAACGCCCUGCAUGGGUGCACCGAGUCCCUAGCCUACAACGAAAAGCUCAACCAUGAGAGGACGUGCCACCACUCCCCCUGUUCUUGCCCCCACCCCGACUGCUCCUACACGAGCCUCCCCGCCUCAGUCUACUCCCAUUUUGCCACCAUUCACCCGACCUCGUCACAGUUCUUCUCCUUGGGCUCUAAGAUUCAUGUCUCCUUGGGGACCGAGCAGGGGCAUGUUUUCCUGCAGUACGUACUAGAUGACACGCUUUUUGUCCUCAGCCGCAAGUCCCUCAGCAUCGGGAGCGCGCUGAAGGCUCUGGCUGAGACAAGAGCGGUUUGGCUCAGGGGGCAGCUGCCCGGCAACAAGAUUCUUUUCGUGCCCAAGGAUUUUGUGGGUGCUGACGGGAAGCUAGAGCUGGAGGUUACCAUUACUAUGGUUAAGAAUUACGAGCUCGAUUUCAACGAGCUCGAUUCCGACAGCUACUAA